AUGGUGUCUACACUAGCCGUUCCCUCCAUGCUUGGCCGCGUGAACAGAGAAGGGUAUUCCCCUCCUAGCGAUGUUGAAAUGCGAGGCAUAAUCAAUGGAUGCGAGCCCUCGGGUCACCAACAUUCGUCCAGCCACAACAGCUCCUCUGAGCUACCCCAGGGACAGAGGCAGGUAUUUGGCCAGCCUUCUGGCGGAGAAGAAAUUGAAUCUUCUUCAAACAAGAAGCAAAAGUUAGGGCAUCCGAAGGUAGGAUCCUUGGCUAGCAAACCUUCUCCGCUGGAGCAGAUCCUGGCAAAGCUCUCCCCGCAAGGCCGUUCCGGGAUGGUCUCGGAGGCGGAUGGAUUUGCUGGCUCGCCGCAAAUCAUCCCAACGAAGGAGUCAUUGCCAACUACAGCAUCGACGGAGGCCGCAGAAGCAUACACAUCAGAUGGUGGAACAGAGCUUUUACGACUCAAACAGCAACUACUCGUUGCAAACUCCAAGAUUGCUCUGCAGGAACAGGAGUUGGCUCAAUCACGCGUUAUCAAGCAUACACUAGACCAAGCCCUCGGCCCUCCCUCCGAGGCCGACUUUGGUGCUCGUGAUGUCACAGAUCAAACCAUAAGUCACUUACAGAGUGCUUUCAAUGCCUCAAACCCCGGGUUUGGUCAGCUCCAAGAUACUUGGAGUCCGCAUGAUGACUCGCAGUCCGAUGUCUCAGACAUCUUAUCCGCUGGCACUUACAAUCACGCUCGUGGGAUUUGGACCCAGGGUAGUCAAACUGCAUACAGUGUUGCAAGCAGCGAGCUUCCGUUCGAAAAGGUUUACGGAGACUCUCGCCAUGGGGCAAACACCGCAGCGCAGUUUCAACAGCCCUGGGGUGGCUCAAACACGGGAUUCUCUUAUACGUCUCCGCUCAUGCAAGCUCAGAGGGUACCUUCCAACCCCUCUGCUGGUGUAUACGGAUUUUGUGCACGCUCUCCAGGUGAACAGCCUCGGUAUUCUCAGAGUCCAUUGCAAGUGCAAAACCCCAUCCCCCGUCGUUCUUUCGCUCCAGCAAAUCAUGCUGGGACUAUGUUUCCACCCCCAAGCAACCCCUGGUCUGGCUUCACUUCCGAGGCGACGACCGGAGACUCGACUCCAAAGUCCCCCAUCUCUUCCACAACUAGAUCUUCCAGCGUUAUACAAGCAGUUGGGAUGUAUUCAUUUCCCUAUCACGCCCGACAAGCUGGAACGGCACUAUCUCCGACAGCUACGGAGUUCACAACUAGCAGCCCUGAGGCAAGCCCAUGGUCACUUCCACCUCCAUCGACCGCCGGAAGCUCGACCCAGACGUACAUAUCACCUCUCGAGCCCCUGAAUUACAGACGUCUCCUCGAUAAGAACGUCUCCUGCGAUUGGAAAUACAUCGUUGACAAGAUCGUUUGCAGUAAUGACCAACAAGCAUCCAUCUUCCUUCAGCAGAAGCUCAAAGUCGGCACAACUGAACAAAAAUUCGAUAUCAUCGAGGCCAUUGCUAGUCAGGCAUAUCCGCUCAUGGUAAAUCGGUUUGGCAAUUUCCUCAUCCAGCGCUGCUUUGAACACGGCACCUCCGAACAAGUCGUGUCCAUUGCCAAUGCCAUCAGGGGCAACACACUUACCUUAAGCAUGGAUCCAUUUGGUUGUCAUGUUAUCCAGAAAGCCUUUGACUGCGUGCCAGAGGAGAACAAAGCAAUGAUGGUACAUGAGCUUCUUCGCCGGAUCCCCGAGACGGUUAUUCACCGCUAUGCUUGCCAUGUUUGGCAAAAGCUCUUUGAGCUCCGCUGGAGUAGUAACCCCCCCUCAAAUCAUGGCCAAAGGAGUUUGGUGGUCCAGAACAUUUUCGAGAAUUGUGUGGAGGAAGAGAAGCGACCGGCGAUUGAAGAGGUACUGGCAAAGAUAGACGUACUCGCUCACGGCCAAUUCGGAAACUGGUGUAUCCAACACAUUUGCGAGCACGGUGCCCCGCCCGAUAAAAGUCGAGCUACGGAUCAUGUGCUUCACUGUGCUGUUGAAUAUAGCAUGGACCAGUUUGCAUCCAAGAUUGUCGAGAAAUGCUUGAAGAUCGGAGGCUCAGACUUUCUCGAUCAUUACCUUUCUCGAGUAUGCACAGGCCGUACCGAUAGGCCUCGCAUGCCCUUAAUCGACAUUGCCGGUGACCAGUACGGCAAUUACUUGAUCCAAUGGAUUCUCAUGAAUGCUGCGCCCUGCCAACGUGAGCUCGUUGCAACCCAUAUUCGAAAACACAUGGUAUCCCUUCGCGGAUCCAAGUUUGGAUCUCGUGUUGCGAUGUUAUGCUGCAACCCAUCACACACCACUCGACCUGGUCCUGGAACUGGUAUGCAGAUCGGACGCUUCAAUCAGUUCAACGAAGAGCGGUUUUCAUCCUCGUCCUCACAGCAAAGUGGAGGUCGGUUUGGCCGUGGGAAUCAGUGGAAUCCAGGCUAUGUGCCAUUCCGCUAG